AUGUUGACUCACACGUCUCACAUAUAUCGUAAGGAUCGACGGUACAAAACUGCGGAUAACGGUCCCGGCCACUGGCGACGUGCAAUGCGCCUCCUACCAUCUUCCCUUACAUCACCUGAAACGACACCCUUGAGCACUGCUUCCACAUUUCAAUCCUACAAUAACGUAGCCUUUGAUACCAGCGGCAACAAUAAAAGCAGUACCAGUAGCAGUAGCAGCAUCUGCGGCUCCGGAACCAGGAGCCCAACCGGUCGCUAUGCUUCGGCCAGGGACCAGACUGACAGCAGCAGGUUCUUACACCGACGGCAGUUUCUAGCGGCAGCUGCUGGCGUUAUCCCGACCUUGGGCCAGGCUGCCGCCACCGCCGGCGCCGCCAUAUCUGCGGAGACCGCCCCUCCACCAACCCCCUCUCUCUCCUCCUUCCUGCAGCCCCUCCUGCCCUCCCCCGCCCCCGACCUCCUCGCCCAAUUAGAGGGCCGCGCACCUAUCUUCCAACCUGGCGUCGCGUGGUCGCGCCGAAACCGCGAUCGCCAACUGUUUUACCCAGCCUGGCUGGCUGGUGAGUGGGAGGUCACGGCGCGCUUCGCAGCGGCGUCCUUUCCACAGGGCCAUCGCCUGCUGGGCCGCACCGUGCCGGGGGUACUGAAGGGCAGCAUGGUGGCUGCGCUGCCCGAUGUGGGGGCGGCCAUGGAUGGGGUGUUCAAUGUACGGCAGCUGAUGGACGCAUUUUACAGCUUCGCGGUCACUAGGAAGGUCGAGUACGAACCGCUCAAGAACCCAACGCGCCUGACAGUGGUUUAUGCCACGCCGCGAAAGGACAAAUCCGUUAUUUCCGAGGACCUCCGCAAGGCCGAGCUGAUAAUCAACAACAGGAUAUCCCAAGAAAUUUCACCAACCGACUUCAUCGUUGCAGAACUGUUCAGGCAGAUGGCGGUGGCGACAACGGAGGUGACAGCGGCCACGGCGGCAGCCGCAUCAGGGUCAGUGGUGGUAACUGGUAUAGGUGCCGAAGUGCAGGUGUUGCAGCGAGUGGCGGCUUUCCUGCAACCCCAGGAUGCGGCGUUUUUCGAGGCGGGGAAUCAGGCGGUGGCUGUGUACGACUACACGUACACGCUGAAGCGGGUGGCUUGA